AUGACGACUUAUCUGAGCUUGGGACUGGAAGGCAGCGCCAACAAACUGGGGGUGGGCGUAAUCAAACACACGGUGACGGAUGCCAACGCCGAAAACGGCUUUUCCACCGACAUUCUGUCCAACAUUCGAGACACCUACAUCACUCCUCCAGGCGAGGGAUUCUUGCCACGAGACACAGCUCGUCACCACCGAAACUGGGUGGUUCGAAUCAUCAAACGGGCACUCGACGAGGCCAAGAUAUCCGACCCUACAAAACUGCAUUGCAUUUCGUUCACCCAGGGUCCCGGUAUGGGGGCUCCUUUGCAGAGCGUGGUGAUUGCUGCACGAACCAUUGCUCAAAUGUGGGGAGUUCCGCUUGUGGGCGUCAACCAUUGCGUGGGACACAUUGAGAUGGGCCGAACUAUCACGGGCGCCACAAACCCCGUGGUUCUGUACGUCUCUGGAGGAAAUACACAAGUGAUUGCGUACUCCAAACAGCGAUAUCGAAUCUUUGGAGAGACUCUUGAUAUUGCUGUCGGUAACUGCUUGGAUCGGUUUGCACGGGUGCUGAAGAUCCCCAACGCCCCCUCACCAGGAUACAAUAUCGAGCAGCUAGCCAAGAAGGGCAAAAAGUACGUUCCAUUGCCAUACACCGUCAAGGGCAUGGACCUGAGCAUGUCUGGUGUGUUGCAGUUUGUGGAGUCUCUGGCAAAGCGGUUUCAGGCAGGAGAUCUGGUGGUUGAUGGACAUCAGGUGACCGCCGAAGAUCUGUGCUUUUCGCUACAAGAAACGCUCUUUGCCAUGCUCGUCGAAAUCACUGAAAGAGCCAUGGCCCAUGUCAACUCUCAGCAAGUACUUAUUGUGGGAGGUGUUGGGUGCAACGAGCGACUCCAGGAGAUGAUGGGAAUCAUGGCACGUGACCGAAACGGCUCCGUCUACGCCACCGACGAGCGUUUCUGCAUCGAUAACGGUAUCAUGAUUGCCCAUGCUGGUCUUCUGGCAUGGAGACAGGGCUUUGAGACGAAAAUGGAAAAGACCCAGUGCACUCAGAGAUUCAGAACUGACGAGGUACUGGUAGAUUGGAGAGUUUAA